UAUUAAUAUAAAAAGCUUUUGAUUUAAUAUCAUAUAAAGCUUUCGUACAAACUAUUAUUAGUUUAACAUUCUUUUCACUAAAAGAAGGUCAGAACAAAAAAUAAAAACAGAAUGUCUUUCAAACAGCAAGUAGAAAGAGAAAAACUGAAACGCAAAUUAGCUGAAAAGAUGGCUUAUUUAGAAAGUCGACCAGAUUUAAAAAUAAAAAUUCCAAAGGUCCUCUUACCCUGUGAUUAUAACGUUCAAAAUCAACCACUCUUUAAACUACCCCCAGAAAAACUUAGACCCAUUUUGGCAUCCGCAUACCCUAGAUAUCACAAAUAUUUAAAACAGGAAAAACAAAAAAUUGCCGCGCGUAAAGAAAAAAUGAAACAUUAUACAAUAUUGCGUAAGAGAAGGGAGGAAUUUCGCCAAAAAUUGGUCGAAUUAAUAAAUAAACAGGAGGAGGAUAAUAUGGAAGUGGAUCCUGAAGAAGUUCCUACGCCUGAAGAAAGAGAAAUUCUUCGAUAUUAUUAUUAUAUCAGAUAUGGUGUAGAUACAAUUCAUGUUGCUCCUAUUGAUGAAAAAGUUUUAGAGGAGAUAUUAAAAUUGAUUCCCGAAAAGUGGAAGAGAUGGACCGACAUGCUUGGUGUUUGCAUUCAAGAUUUAAGGGAGGAUUUUAUGAGUGCUAACAAAAAAGCAAUUGUUGAUUAUGUCCUUAAAGACCCUACUGUGACAGAAUCAAUUGCUGCAGAGUUUGAUUCGGCUGAAAGGAGGGAGGUUGUACUCUUGGGUCCCAAGUGGCAAAAAUCGUAUGAUCUCAACAAAUUACAAAUUAAUCGAUGGCUAUAUAUUGUAAAUCCAUGUAUGCAACAGAUACUUCAAUUGUGGUACACAAAAUAUCGGAAAUUGCGUUUGGUGGAUGUGGAGAAAUUAAAAAGUUACGAAGCACCCUAUGAAUUAGCAAACUUCCAGUGGGUCGUUGAAAAACACAUCGCCAGCGCUCAGAAGAUAUUGCUUGAAUCGUAUUAUAAGGAAGUACUAGAAAUAAUUAGAAUAGGUAAAAGGAAAAACCAACUUCCAGACAUUACGAAUUCGAAAAAGAGAAGAAAAUUCUUUGCUUGUAUUGCCACUUUAAUGGAAAACCAAUUGCAGUCUUUAUGUUUAAAAUCACUGUACGACUUUCACGAGUACAUAAUCGACGUGGAAUAUUCUAAUACAGGAUUUUCGAUAAAUGUAGCACAGAAAAUUGACGGUUUAAAUUUUGAACCGCAAUUUAAAAAUUUUGGUGAUGUACUUAAAAAACUAUUAACUGCACUGGAACAGGCAGUGACGGUUAUCCCAAGAAUUGAAGCAGAAUUAUAUCCAGAAUACACAUACGAAAAGGAAUUCCUUACUCCCAUCAUUCUUCCAGAGAUUCAAGUGAGAUAUAAGGAAAGCUUUCGCAUACUUUUAGAUGAGCAACGAAUUUGUCCAGAAUUGCGCCUUCAGGAUUUUGAUGAACAUCUUCAUCUAAUUAACGGAGAAGCAGACAAAAAUGUAGCAGAUUUCAUGGCCGAGGAGCAUACAUUAGAAGAGUACAUUGAAAAGGUAAAAUAUUACUUAGCCAUUUAUGAUGCAGUACCAAUAGUCAUGGAACAUACCGUUCGUAUGGGGAUGUAUGAUGUUCAUAGGUAUGAUUUGAUAAAAUCAAUUGCACUAAGUGCAGACCAAUGUAAAGAACAAUUAUUAGCCCGAGUGGUUCAAGAUUAUCAAACGCUUUGUAAACAAUUGGGGGAUGAUUAUCAAUUAACGUCUGAUACUGCACUAAAAGAACCUGCAAAUACACAUAAACUAAUGGAAUUAAUUGCAUAUGUGAAUAAUGUUGAACAAGUUGAGUUAUACGAAAUGGAAGAUCGUUUGAGGGAAAUAAUGCGAUACAUGUUAAUUCUACCCACCUACCAUCCAUACCAUGUGUUAGAAAUAAAACAGAAUUGUAACACUUUUCUCUGGUAUUUGCGAAUGCCUUUGGUUAUUAGAGAAAGUAGAAAUUUAAUAAAAAGAAAGACCGAAGAAUUUAAAGAAUCUUUAGCACGACGGAUACAAUUAUUCGUUGAAGAUCUUGAUUUAUACUCUAAACUGGUGAAUUCGUUGCAAUAUAAAGGCGAUGUAAAUUACAUCUACAAGUAUCAUAAGAAAGCCAUAAAAUUAGAUGAAAGAUUAAUUAAAGCUAUGACAACAAUAGACGAGUUUAAUGCCGAAGAGAGGGCUUACGGAUUUGAAGAAUCGUUUUAUCCGAUAAGGAAAAUAACUCAUGAUAAAUUAGGUCCGUAUAAAAAGUUAUACGAUAAUUCUGUGGACUAUUUAAACAAAUACGACAAAUGGAUGAAUUCAAGGAUUGGAACUAGUGAUCCGGAAGAAAUUGAGUCUGAAGUAACUCAGAUUUACAGGAAUAUUUAUAAACUAGAGAAGACAUUUCAAGACCGACCCGCUACUUAUGAACUUGCACUAACUGUACGAACGCAAAUUGAGAAAUUUAAGGAAAAUAUGCCCAUGAUACAAUCUCUAGGAAACCCAGGCCUGAAACCAAGACAUUGGGAGAAAAUUUCCGAAAUAGUCGGGUUUCCAAUUAUUCUUGAUGAUGAUCUUACGUUGGGAAAAGUUUUAGAUUACGGGUUGGAAGAUUAUCUAGAUAAAUUUGAAGCUAUUUCUGAAGCAGCAACCAAGGAAAACAAUUUGGAAAAAGGACUUAAGAAAAUGAAAAUAGAAUGGGCAGACGUCAGCUUCAGUGUUCUUGAAUACAAGGAUACUGGAACGUACAUAAUAUCAGCAAUAGACGAUAUUCAAGUACAACUCGAUGAUCACCUUAUUAAGACACAAACAAUGAAGAACUCACCCUACAUAAAGCCGUUUGAGAAAGAAAUAACAGAAUGGGAAGAGAAACUUGUUCUCCUUCAAGAAAUAAUAGACGAAUGGUUAAAAGUGCAAAGUACCUGGAUGUAUUUGGAACCCAUUUUCUCUUCACCCGAUAUUCAACAACAAAUGCCAGAAGAAGGGCGAAAAUUCAGUGCCAUGGAUAAGAGUUGGAGGGAAAUAAUGAAAGCUGUUGAAAGUGAUCCUAAAGUAAUGGAGGUGGUUGAAAUUGAUAAAAUGUUGGAAAAAUUACAAAAGUGUACCGCCUUGCUGGAUGCCGUUCAACGUGGUCUGAACAACUACUUGGAAAAGAAGCGCCUUUAUUUCCCAAGGUUCUUCUUCCUGUCUAAUGAUGAACUACUGGAAAUAUUAUCAGAAACUAAGGACCCUACACGGUUCGGAGGUCUAAUAAGGAGAAAUAUAUCCAGGGAUAAGCACUUUUUACAAUAUUAUGCGGAUAAUCAGGAAAAGAAGACAUCAAGUUCGAUGAGAGGAGCACCAGAAGGUCCUGCAGGAACUGGAAAAACGGAAACUACUAAAGAUCUUGCAAAGGCAGUUGCAAAACAGUGCGUGGUUUUCAACUGUUCAGAUGGUUUAGAUUAUAUUGCUUUGGGAAAAUUCUUUAAGGGCUUAGCAUCAUGCGGAGCAUGGUCAUGUUUUGAUGAAUUUAACAGAAUUGACUUGGAGGUACUGUCAGUUGUAGCUCAACAAAUUUUAACUAUUCAACGAGCGAUUAACUCAGGUUCGAAUGAGUUACUUUUCGAGGGUACUUUAUUAAGUUUGGACCCUACUUGCGCCGUAUUUAUAACCAUGAAUCCAGGAUAUGCUGGCAGAUCAGAAUUGCCUGACAAUCUAAAGGCACUUUUCCGAUCUGUUGCAAUGAUGGUACCAGAUUAUGCUCUAAUUUCGGAAAUAGAGUUAUACUCGUGUGGAUUCUUAGAAGCAAAACCAUUAUCUGUAAAAAUUGUUGCCACUUAUCGCUUGUGCUCUGAACAAUUAUCAUCCCAGCACCAUUACGAUUAUGGAAUGAGAGCUGUUAAAUCUGUAUUAAGAGCAGCUGCUCAAUUGAAAUUGAGAUAUCCUGAUGAGCAGGAAGAUAUAUUGGUUUUAAGAUCAAUCAAAGAUGUUAAUUUGGCAAAGUUCUUAGAACACGAUGUGCCACUUUUUCAGGGAAUAACGUCUGAUUUGUUUCCGGGUGUUGUACUACCUCCUCCAGAUUAUGUUAUAUUUAACAAGGCAGUAAGAGACACUUGUAAAACAAAAGGCUUACAGUGUACUGCUCAUUUCUUGGAAAAGGUCCAACAGCUUUAUGAAAUGAUUGUUGUAAGACAUGGUCUAAUGAUCGUUGGAUUUCCAUUUGCGGGUAAAACAACCAACUACAGGGUUCUAGCAGAGGCUCUUGAACUGAUUGAAAAAAGGGGUGGAAUGGAUGAACAUAGAGCUAUUUAUACUGUUAUGAAUCCUAAGUCGAUAACCAUGGGUCAGUUAUACGGACAGUUUGAUCCUGUAUCACAUGAAUGGUCUGAUGGGGUUUUGGCAGUCAGUUUUCGUCAGUUUGCAAUGUCAACUACAGAUGAUAGAAAAUGGUUACUUUUCGAUGGCCCAGUUGAUGCAGUGUGGAUUGAAAACAUGAAUACCGUCCUGGAUGAUAACAAAAAAUUAUGCCUAAUGUCUGGAGAGAUUAUACAAUUAUCUAACACAACUAAUCUCAUUUUCGAACCCAUGGAUCUGGAUGUAGCUUCUCCUGCCACGGUGUCCCGUUGUGGAAUGAUCUACAUGGAGCCAGCGGCAUUAGGGUGGCAACCCCUUUUAGAAUCCUGGCUUCUAACAUUACCUCCAUCGUUUGACAAUUCCCUUAAAAAUUUGUUACGCAAUAUGUUCAUUCGCUUUUGCAAGCCACUCAUAUAUUUAAUUCGAAAAGGCUUACGGGAACUUUCACCUACAUCGGAUUCGAACCUGGUCAAAGCAACAAUGAAUUUAUGCGACUGCUUUAUGGACGACUUUAAGGACGACAAAUACAUGGAACAAAUAUCGGACAUCGAUUUUAGGGCUCAGGUUGAAGGUCUAUUCUUCUUUUCUUGCAUUUGGUCUAUGGGCGGCACUUUAGAUGGUGCUAGUCGUGCAAAAUUCAACGUUAUAUUCAGAGGACUACUGGAAAGAGACUUUCCCAAAUCCCUGAUCGAACAAAUGGGCUAUCCAUACAGCAUUGAUAAACCUGAUAAACCUUACAUUUUUACAAUUCCCCAAAAUAGCACCGUCUUUGACUUCAGAUACAUAAAGGAAGGAAAAGGUAAAUGGAAACUUUGGACUGAUGAGUUAUUAGUAGCACCACCGAUUCCCAGAGACCUUCCAGUAAAUCAAAUCAUUGUUAUAACUGUAGAAACAAUAAGAAAUAUGGCUCUUAUGCAUUUAUUGGUAUCACAUUACAAAGCAAUGAUGGUAGUUGGACCAACUGGAACUGGGAAAUCUGUAUACGUAACUGAAUAUCUAUUAAAAAAAAUGAACAAGGAAGCCUUUACGCCGUUAUUUAUUAAUUUCUCGGCCCAGACAUCGGCAAAUCAGACUCAGAAUAUAAUAAUGUCCAAGUUAGACAAAAGACGUAAAGUAAUGCUGUGGCAUCUGGACACAAGGGGAUUUUCUAAAGAUUUUGAUCCUGUUAUAGGACAAAUUGUACAAGCAACUCUAGAUAUUUACAAAAUGAGUAGACAAAACUUGUUGCCAACCCCAUCUAAGUCUCACUAUUUGUUUAAUUUAAGAGACUUCUCUAGAGUUAUUCAGGGGGUUCUAUUGUCAGUCCCUGAAGUAAUGGAAAACUUAGAAGCAAUGAAGCGACUAUGGGUUCAUGAAGUAUUACGUGUAUAUUAUGAUCGUUUAGUGGAUGAUAAUGACAGAAGUUGGUUGGUAGGCGCUCUUCAUGAAGUGGCUGCCGACAAACUGGAUCACAAUUUUGAUAAAAUGCUGCGUAGACUCGCAUCUCCUGGAAGCACUUAUAUUGGUGAAGCGGAACUACGAAAAUUAGUUUAUUGCGACUUUGCUAAUCCAAAAGCUGACACGAGACAUUACGCUGAAGUUUUAGACUUAACCGAAUUAAGAACUAUAGUUGAAGGUUACCUUGCUGAGUAUAACAACAUGUCCAAAAAACCAAUGAAUCUUGUGCUAUUUAGGUUUGCUAUAGAACAUCUAACGAAAUUGUGUCGAAUCAUUAAACAGCCAAGAUGUCAUGCUCUUCUGGUUGGUGUAGGUGGUUCUGGUAGGCAAUCGUUAACAAGAUUAGCGGCUCAUAUAUCAGAAUACGAUAUAUGCCAAGUAGAAAUAACGCGUCAAUAUGGCAUGACUGAAUGGCAUGAAGAUGUUAAAGGGAUACUGCGAAAGGCAAGCAGCAGCGAUCAGCACGUUGUCUUCCUUUUUACCGACAGUCAGAUUAAAGAAGAAGCAUUUCUUGAAGAUUUAAGUAACAUUCUUAACGCCGGUGAAGUCCCAAAUAUAUUUACUACCGAAGAAAAGAUAGAAGUGUGUGAAAAAAUGCGCCAAAUAGACCGACAGAGAGACAGAUCGCUGCAAACAGACGGCAGUCCAGCUGCUUUGUUUAAUUUGUUUAUCCAAAUUGUUCGCGAGCAAUUGCAUGUUUCAUUAACUAUGAGUCCGAUCGGCGAUAGCUUCAGAAUUAGAAUAAGGAAGUUUCCAGCUAUUGUGAAUUGUUGUACAAUCGACUGGUUUCAGGCAUGGCCUGAGGAUGCUUUGCUAGCUGUCGCAACGCGCUUCUUGGGAGAAAUCGAUCUCGUCGAGAAAGAAAAACUCGUCUGUAUUGACAUGUGCCAACUAUUCCAUGUUACAACGCAAACACUUUCUGAUGAAUUCUAUAGGAGAUUAAAGCGAUAUAAUUACGUUACGCCUACAUCAUAUCUGGAACUAAUUAAUACGUUCAAGGAGUUCCUAGCUAAAAAAAGAAAGGCGAUACUUCUGGCCAAAGAAAGAUAUGAAGGAGGUAUCGGUAAGUUGGAGUUUGCCGGAAGUCAAGUCGCUAUAAUGCAAAGCGUAUUAGAAGCCCUGCAACCUCAACUUGUGGUUGCCGCAGAAGCUGUAGCCAUCACCAUGGCGAAAGUGGAAAAGGAAUCUCAGGAAGUUGCAGAAUUUGAAACGAUUGUUGUUGCUGACGAAGAAGUAGCCAACGAACAGGCGAAAGCAGCGCAAGCGAUAAAAGAUGAAUGCGAUGCUGAUUUAGCCGAAGCAAUGCCAAUUUUAGAAGCCGCAUUAGCAGCUUUGAACACACUGACACCUGCGGACAUUACAAUUGUCAAAACCAUGAAAAGUCCUCCAAAAGGGGUGAGACUUGUCAUGGAAGCUGUAUGUAUUUUAAAGGGGGUUAAACCUGACAAAGUACCUGCACCAAGUGGUAUUGGAACCGUUGAAGAUUAUUGGGGUCCAAGUAAAAAAGUACUUGGUGAUAUGCACUUUUUGGAUAGUCUAAUAAAUUUCGACAAAGACAAUAUUGAUCCUAAAAUAAUGAAUAUGCUAAAAGGAAAAAUUCUAAAUGACGAGAAUUUCGACCCUGAUAAAAUUAAGGUUGCUUCAACUGCUGCAGAAGGUUUGUGUAAGUGGGUGAUUGCCAUCUCAAAAUACGAUAAGGUAGCAAAGGUGGUAGCACCGAAAAAAGCUGCUUUAGCUGAGGCCGAAGCGGUUUACAAUACAGCGAUGACCGCACUGGAACAGAAAAGAGAAAUUUUACGGCAAACAAGAGAAAGAUUGGCAAAAUUGGAGGCUACUCUCGAAACUGAAAAAACUAAACUGCAGCAGUUAAACGAGGAAGUAGAUAAGUGUCAGAAAAAGCUCACCAGAGCUCAAGAACUCAUAAGUGGAUUAGGAAGUGAAGGUGCCAGAUGGUCAUCUACAGCUAAAUCAUUAGGAGAACAGUAUUUUAUGUUAACCGGUGAUGUUCUUAUCAGUUCAGCCGUUGUUGCGUAUUUGGGUCCAUUUACUAUGCAAUUUAGACAAAAGCAAAUCGAGGAAUGGGUAUUGAAUCUGAUGAAAUACGGAAUUGUCUGUAGUAAAAACUUUCAAUUAACCGCUAUCCUGGGGGAACCCGUCGUUAUUAGACAGUGGAAUAUUUUCGGUCUGCCUAGCGAUUUGUACAGUGUAGACAACGGCAUUAUCGUUACAAAUACACGACGAUGGCCAUUAAUGAUAGAUCCUCAAGGGCAGGCGAACAAAUGGGUGAAAAACAUGGAGAAGAAAAACAAUUUAUUCACAAUAAAACUGUCUCAGCCAGACUACACGAGAAUUUUAGAAAACGCUAUUCAAUUUGGACAACCAGUGUUACUGGAGAGCGUGUUAGAAGAAUUGGAUCCAAUUUUGGAACCAGUUUUAUCGAAAACAAUUUUCAAACAAAGUGGAGCGUGGUGUCUAAAGUUGGGAGAUGCGGUUAUUGAAUACAAUUUUGACUUUAAACUUUAUAUAACCACGAAGCUCAGGAAUCCCCAUUAUCUGCCAGAAGUGGCCGUUAAAGUUACACUGGUGAAUUUCAUGAUCACUUCUGUGGGAUUAGAAGACCAACUCUUGGCAGUCACCGUGGCUAGAGAACGACCCGAUUUAGAAGCUGAAAAAAAUUCUUUAAUUGUCCAAGGGGCCGAAAACAAACGAAUGUUGAAAGAAAUUGAAGGGAAAAUCUUAGAAGUACUCAGCACUUCAGAGGGUAACAUUUUAGAAGACGAAACUGCUGUGCAAAUUUUGAGUUCGUCAAAAACUUUAUCAAACGAAAUAUCUUCUAAGCAAGCGGUUGCUGAAGAAACUGAAAAAAUUAUCGACAAGACAAGAUUGGGUUACACUCCCAUCGCUGUACAUUCUGCAGUUUUGUUUUUCACUACAGCUGAUCUCGCAAAUAUCGAUCCAAUGUACCAAUAUUCACUUGUCUGGUUUAUGAAUUUAUUCAAAGCAGCAAUUGAUAAUACGGAAAGAGCUGACGAGGUUGCAGAAAGACUUCAAAUCUUAAAAGUCUACUUCACAUACUCACUGUAUGCAAACAUCUGUCGAAGCUUGUUUGAAAAGGAUAAACUAUUGUUUUCUUUGUUAUUAACCAUUAAUUUAUUAAAAUCGGAAAACAAAAUCGACCAGUCGCAGUGGAUGUUUCUUUUAACAGGUGGCGUGGGUUUAGAUAAUCCCUAUAAAAAUCCUUCAACUUGGUUAGUGGAUAAGUCAUGGGAUGAACUGUGUCGACUAGAUGAUAUACGAACAUUUUCGACCAAUCCUGAGAUAGAUUCAACUUCAUCUGAAAGUGCAGCUAAAUCUCCGGAAGACGUUAUUUAUGAUGUAUCUACCGACAUAUUGGCAAAACUACCCAAAAACUUCGAUAUUGAUGAGGCAAUGAGAAAAUAUCCCACGAUCUACCAUCAAAGCAUGAACACGGUACUUGUGCAAGAAAUGCACAGAUUCAAUCGAUUACUUAGCACCGUCAGGGAUAGUCUGAUAAACAUUAAGAAAGCUAUUAAAGGGUUAAUCGUCAUGUCUGUAGACCUAGAGGAAGUUUUGGUGAGCAUGCUGAGGGGAAAAAUUCCAGGAAAGUGGGCAAAAACUUCAUAUCCUUCGAUGAAACCGUUAGGGAGUUAUGUAAACGAUUUUUUAGCAAGGCUGGCAUUUUUACAAAAAUGGUUCGAUGAAGGACCACCCCCUACAUUUUGGCUAUCAGGAUUCUUUUUCACUCAAGCUUUUUUAACUGGAGCGCAACAAAACUUUGCAAGGAAAUAUACAAUUGCAAUAGACUUAUUGACAUUUGACUACGAGGUUAUGAAAGCUCCUACCUUUACGCAACCACCCGUAGAUGGUGUUUACGUUUAUGGAUUAUUUUUAGAAGGAGCCAGAUGGGGUAUGAAUACCAUGAGACUAGAAGAAUCCUACCCCAAAGUUUUAUACGACACUGUUCCAAUUCUCUUAUUUAUACCAAUCGAAAGGUCCGAGCUGGUUAUCCGAAAGACAUACGACUGUCCGGUGUAUAAAACGUCAGAACGAAGAGGAGUCCUUUCGACCACAGGUCAUUCGACAAAUUUUGUUAUCCCUAUUCGUAUGCCCACAGAAAAACCCCCGGAACAUUGGAUUUUACGUGGAGUUGCUAUGCUUUGUCAACUGUCGCAAUAAAAAUGUGUUGUAAAG